AUUUUGAACGGGAAAUGUGGCAUAGGAAAAAUGUGCAAAUUAGCAGUGUUAAAUACAGCUUCUAAACAAAUUAAAUGAGCACAAGCGGUUUCAGGUUGUGGCAGUACCAUGGAUCCAACUUGCAAUGGGAGCUGGCUUCUUGCUUACACAGCUGUUUGUAAGGACUGCACCGCUGUGUUACUGUUGCAGUAAGUGAGGGUAAUAGAGUCACAGAAUGGCUUGGCUUGGAAGGGACCUCAGUGCCUGCCCUGUCCUUGCACCCUGCUGUGGGCUGGUUGCCCUCCCACCAGAACAGCUCAGGCUCCCCAGGGCCUCAUUCAGUCUGCUCUUAGCGUCUCCAAGAAUGGGGCACUCCAACCUUUUCUGUGCAGCCUGUGCCAGGAUCUCACCACCCUCUGUGUGAAGGAUCAUGGUGGUGUAUUCCUGAGGAAACAGUGAAAAUAGAGAACACAAACUUUCAGUGAGGUAGACCAUUGAAGUUACUGGGAUAAAUCCAAUGUAUACAAACACAACUGUAUUCCCUCUGCAGCUCAGAAACCCUGAAAUACCUUUCAGCUGCUUACUGAAGAACUUCUUUAGCUAACUACAACUGUCUGUGACUUGCAGAUAUAACCACUGUGUUCUGACAUCCUGGCAACUUCAGCUAUAGCCCUGCUGUGCAUUUGUUAGCUGUAAGCCAUUGGAGGUGCAUAAGCUUAUUCAUCUGGCAAUUACAGGAUUGUAGAGAACAAAAGAUGUUUUUCAGGAGUCCUCUGAAACUCUCAGAACAAGACUAAGGUUAUUGACCCAGUACGUGCAAACAAAAGUGCAGUUGACUUAAUGCUGUAUGUCAGUACAUUAUUUGCUCUUGACACUGGAUCAUAGAUUAAUUUUAAGUUAGAAGGGACCUCUGACAGUCAUAGAGUUCAACUCCCCACUUAAAGCAGUGCUGUCAUUGAAGUGCAUCCAGUUGCUCCAGGCUCUUGUCCAGCUGAACCUACUCUUGAACUCAUUAAAAUGGAGUUGGAAGUUGGCCCUGAUGGUUAGCUAAAUUUGGAGAAGUCUUUCAAGACCUGCAGCAAAAAGAAAAGCUCUAUAGAAAGAGACACCUUCAGAGCAAAAAUGAGCUUUGGGAGAGCCUACAAUACCUUUAACAUCAGCAAUAGCACAGAUCUAGCUAUUGGAUUCACCUCUUCUGCAGUAGCUGUUCUUCUGUUUGGGACAAACUUUGUGCCAGUUAAAAAAUACGAUACUGGUGACGGAAUGUUCUUCCAAUGGAUUCUCUGUGCUUCCAUAUGGAUAGUUUCUUUGGUGGUCAAUUUAAUCCAGAAUUGCCCCCAGUUUUGGCCUUUGGCUAUGAUAGGAGGCUUCCUGUGGGCUACAGGCAACAUCACAGUUGUCCCUAUUAUUAAAACCAUAGGCUUAGCUCUUGGUCUUUUGAUCUGGGCUUCUUUCAAUUUGCUGACAGGCUGGGCAAGUUCCAGGUUCGGAUGGUUUGGAAUUGACCCAGAAGAGGUAGCAAGACCAGUCUUAAAUUAUAUUGGAGCUGGACUUUCACUGUUAAGUGCUGUCAUAUUUUUCUUUAUAAAAACUGAAGUCCAAACUUCUUCAGCUUCAUUAGAAAGCACACCAUUACUGAGAGAAUGUUCUGUUAAUGCUUCUGAAGACACUUCUGAUGUCUCGUGGGUGACCAAUCUUUCUCCAGUAAAAAAAAGAUUUGUAGGAUGUAGCUUAGCUGUCGUAGCUGGAAUACUCUACGGUUCCAGUUUUGUACCAGUACUUUACAUCAAGGACCAUGGAAGAAGAAAUGAAACGACAUAUGCAAGAGCAAGUCAAUUUGAUUUAGAUUAUGUUUUUGCACACUUCAGUGGAAUAUUUCUUACAAGUACUAUCUACUUUUUGAUCUACUGUGCAGUCAGGAAAAAUAAACCUAAUGUUUAUCCCCAAGCCAUACUACCAGGGUUUGUUUCUGGUUUGCUUUGGGCAGUAGCCAAUUGCUGCUGGUUCAUCGCCAAUCACUAUCUCAGUGCUGUAGUCAGCUUUCCAAUAAUUACUGCAGGUCCUGGCCUUAUUGCUGCAAUGUGGGGAGUCCUUGUAUUUAAAGAAAUCAAGGGCCUGAAAAACUACGUAUUACUCUCAGUAGCAUUUUGCAUCAUUUUGGCUGGAUCACUCUCUACAGCUUUUUCUAAAGUUUGAAGAUCAUCUUACCAGUAGAUGGUGCUACUGUCUUGUAUAAUCAAAAGCACAGCUGUAUGUAUCAACAAUUAUUUGCAAAAUGCAUGUCCAACAUUUAUCAUAACUUUUUUCAGGGAAGUUAAAGGAAAAAAAGGAAAAAGGAAAACCUUUAGCGUGAAAGAAAAUUUGGAAAUGUUUAUUUCUACACUCCAAGGAUAUCAAAGGAUCUUAUUAAAUAAAGCCAGAUGAUUUUGUAGUUACUGAUUUUGUUGGUUAGGGAUGAAACUUGCAUCAUCAUAAAUUUCAGUUCACUGCUGUGAUGGUGGAGAAAGGGAGUCAAUAUUCUGUGUGCGUUUACUAAUUCAUCUUAUUCCAAUGCUGUCUUACUGAUUUGACUAUAUUACGUCUGGAAAUAUUUAUGUUUUGGAACUGAUUCAAAGAUGUGAAACUUGUUUUUUAUUAGAGGCAUUUUUCUUUAAAGAUAACAAUUCAUAUAAAAAUCUUCCAAUCACUGCAGAAUUUUGAAGGAAAUGCAGAAAAAAAAAAUGGUGCUGAAAAAUAAACUAGUGCUUGCUGCUACUCUGUUUAAAUGCCAUAACAUUAUGUAGAAAUCAUGAUCAUGAUAUGAAUUAUUGGGGUGUUUACUGAACUCUUGUUGAGUGGACUAAAUCUGUCUAGAAAAGUGCAACACUCAGACUGCAGUCUUAGGGAAAAAAAA